AUGUCCAGUUCAGCAUCGACAUCUUCUAGCAGAAAACUUUCAGCUUUAACAGAAUAUUAUGACGGAGAUACGGAAAGUAUGACUCACUCUGGGUCACGACUGGAAAGUUUAAACAUCGACCUUAGUCGUAACAGUUCACUUGCUUCUCUUACGUUACCGGAAACGUUGCUUAACGAGGCAACAAUUUGCGGCGAUGCUACUUGUAAUCUCGAUAGAGCAACACGGCGAUCAAUAUUGUUUGAAUCCGGAACUGAAACUGAAACCUCGACUUCCUACUCCAGUACUCACAACUACACGGACAGCGAGUUCAAGCGCGUGAACCGACGAGAGGACGAAUUCGUUGAAUCAGAAGAGGAAUCAAAAAGUGCAGAAGGUUGUAAGAGUGCCGACGGUUCCAUUUGUAACAGCGGAAAUGUUAUUGUGGAUAGUUUAUCGACGAUGCUUUUCAAUUCGAGCAUAGCAUCUGUGGAAACUCCUUUCGCCAUUCUCUGUGAUCACACUGACUGUGAAGAAGAUUCUAAAUUCUGUUCGAGUCCAUACAUGCUGAGUGAUUUACCAGUCGGUGAAAAUGAGUUAGUAAGUAUGACUGAUAAACCGCAAGAGACCGAGAAAGAAAUUAAAGAAAAGAAACGCGCUUUGAGAAACAAUUUUAGAGAAAUCGUCAAGGAUGCAAGGAAAACUUUGAGACAGACACGUGAAAAUCGACAACUUCACGAAAUAAAUCCACAGUGCAAUGAAGGUACAAAUAAAAAGCAACGAGAAAGGGGAAAAAUAAAUAACACUUCAGUAAAUUCAAAGAAGAAAGAUCUUUCUCACAAAGAGACGAAGAUGAAGGGUGUUGCUCAACGAAAACGCGUACGGAAUGUUUCCAGAAGUGACAAUAUUUUAGAGAAGCGUGGUUUAGAAAUUGAAAAAAUUCAAGUUAAACAUUUGAUAACAGAGUUGGCAUUUUGGAAUUUGAACGAACACGCUGCGAAUGUCAAGCGCGCGUUGACUUUUACCGAAGAAAAGGAAAGAGAGAUGGACAUUCAAUUGCAAGAAGAACGGGAAAACACAAGGAGGAGGAAAAUUGCUGAGAGGUGGAAUCAAAAGCGAGAGGAGAACAGGAAACGCCUCGAAGAAAUAAGAAAAAUGGAAGCAGAACGGAAAGAAAAAGAAGCCAGGGAUAGACAAAGGAGAAUCGAGGAAGCUAAGAUUCAGCGGGAACGUAAUCGAAUGCUAUGGGAUAGUUACAACAAAGUAGUUCUGGACAAUUCCUUCACAAGAUCUUUUACCUUUUCAUAUUUUCCAAAACUUCGGCCCAAGCCAGUUGAGCGAAAGCAAAUAGAACCUCACAAAAUUACACAUUCAGCUAAGGUUCAAGAAGCCAGAGAAAAAUACGCUGGGGCGUGGUAG